AUGUGCCCUCUGAGAAGCGCCCUUCCUGAUCUACAUGAGUUGUACCAACCAGGGAACUUCCUUAUUGGUGGGAUUGUUUCUCAGAUUGGUUACGUUUUUUGUGACCUAGAUUUCAAGAGGAAUCCUUCGCCAGACUUGUUUGAGGUCCCCAAUGUCGUGACUAAGUUCUACCAACACGUCCUGGCCAUGGAAUUUGCUAUCAGUGAGAUCAAUGAGAAUUCCAGGAUCUUACCCAAUGUGACGCUAGGCUUCCACAUCUCUGACAGCUACUAUGAUGCAAGAGUGACCUACCGUAGCACUCUGGAACUCAUCUUCAAGAUACGUAGAAAUGUCCCAAAUUAUAAGUGUGACGCUCAUAAAAACCUGAUGGCUUUUGUUGGGGGGCUUUCCUCUGAUACUUCUUUUCAAAUGGCAGACAUCUUAGGUCUAUAUAAAAUUCCACAGCUCACAUAUGGCUCAUUUGCCCCAGAGAAGAGGGAGACAAAACAUUUCCUUUCCUUUUACCGCAUGGUCUCAAAUGAAGAACAUCAGUACAUGGGGAUUAUCUGCCUACUUCAGCAUUUCAACUGGAUUUGGGUCGGAGUGUUUGCUGUGGAUGAUGACAAUGGAGAACAUUUCUUGACCAUCCUGGAGCCACUGCUUUCCAAAAACGGAAUCUGUUCAGCCUUUACAGAAAGAUGCCCAAACAAUCUCGGCUGGAAAGAAAUGGUUGACAUUAAUAAACUCAUCUCAAAUAUAUAUCGACAUUUCACAGAGAGCAAAGCCAAUACAUAUAUCUUCUAUGGAGAGUCCAACACCUUUCUAAUAUUUAUCACUCAUAUGUUCCUAGGAGAUCCUGAAUAUAAGGAAAAUGCUUCCUAUAGCAAGGUGUGGAUUCUGACAAGCCAGGUUGAUUUCGCAUUAGUGGGUAGCCAAAAGUAUUGGGAUUUCCAAUAUUUCCACGGUGCAAUUUCUUUAACAGCUCACUCAAAUAAAGUAGCUGGAUUUCAGAAAUUUCUUCAGGACAUAAACCCCACUUGGAAAAGAGAUUGUUUUCUCCAGCUCUUUUGGGAACAAGCAUUUGAUUGUACACUUCCAAAUCCCCAGAAGGCAAAGGAGAUCAUGGAUACAUGUACUGGGGAGGAGAGGCUAGAGAAUCUCCCUAGUGCCGUUUUUGAAAUGCGUAUGAGUGGUCAUAGCUAUAGCAUCUACAAUGCUGUCUAUGCUGUGGCACACUCAUUAGAUGCCAUGUACUCAUCGCAAUCCAACUACAAAGCAAUGCCGGGUAGGAAAAAGGUUGACUUUCAAGAUCUUCAACCUUGGCAGGGGCUGCCCCUUUCCUUGUGCAGUGAUUACUGCCAGCCUGGCUAUCACAAGAGGAAGAAGGAAGGGGAGAAAUUUUGUUGCUAUGGUUGUGCUGCAUGUCCACAAGGGAAGAUUUCAAAUCAUGUGGAUAUGGAUGACUGCGUCCUAUGUCAGGAAAUUCAGUACCCAAACAAGGAUCAAGAUCAGUGCCUUUCCAAAAUGGCAAACUUCCUAUCUUAUGAAGAACCCUUAGGCAUCUCUUUGACUUGCAUUGCUGUUUCCUUAUCCGUAAUCACACUCUUGGUUCUAGGAAUUUUUAUUAAGCACAAAGAUACCCCCAUCGUCAAAGCCAACAACCGAGAUAUCAGCUAUACACUUCUGAUCUCCCUUCUGUUCUGUUUCCUCUGUUCGCUACUAUUUCUUGGAAAACCAAGCAAGUUAACCUGCUUGCUCCAGCAAUCCACUUUUGGCAUCGUCUUCUCAAUGGCUGUUUCUUGUGUGUUGGCCAAAACCAUCACCGUGGUGGUAGCUUUCAUGGCCACCAAACCAGGGACCAGCAUGAGAAUGGGGGUGGGGAAAAGAUUGGCCAACUUCAUUAUCCUUUCCUGCUCCCUUAUUCAAGCCAGUAUUUGUGUGGUGUGGCUGGGAACUUUCCCCCCUUUCCCAGAUGUUGAUAUGCAAUCAUUGACUGAAGAGAUAGUGAUACAAUGCAAUGCAGGCUCCAUCACAAUGUUCUACAUUGUCCUGGGCUACAUGGGACUUCUGUCCACAGUAAGCUUAACGGUGGCAUUCCUUGCCCGGAAUUUGCCAGACAGUUUCAAUGAGGCCAAGUUCAUCACCUUCAGCAUGCUGAUGUUUUUCAGUGUAUGGUUGUCUUUCAUUCCAACCUACCUGAGCACCAAAGGCAAAUACGUGGUAGCCGUGGAGGUCUUCUCCAUCUUGGCCUCCAGUACUGGGUUACUAUGCUUUAUCUUUUUCCCCAAAUGUUUCAUAAUUGUGCUGAAACCUCAUAUGAAUAGCAAAGAACAUCUAAUUAGGAGAAACAACUAG